AUGAGUACUUGCUAUCAAAAGUCUCUGAGGGCUUUCCUCGAACACGAAUCAGUCAUCAAGACAAAGCACCAAGCAAAAGAACUCCAUGCACGACUCAUCAGAACAAUGGCGCCAGUAUCAGCAAUUCUCAACUCUAAGAUCAUCUCCAUUUACUCGAACUUUAACCUUUUACAAGAUUCUUUAACUCUUUUCAACACUAUUGAUUCACCACAGCCCACAAAGGCCUGGAAAUCCAUCAUUAAAUGCUAUGCUUCAAGCGGGCUUUUCUUGAAUUCCUUUACUUCUUUUAAUGAAAUGAGGUCUGUCGGAAGAAUCCCAGAUAGAAAUGUGUUCCCUUCUGUGUUAAAAUCUUGUGUGCAAUUGAGGGAUCUAAGGCUUGGUGAGAGUGUUCAUGGCUGUGUUAUGAGGCUUGGCUUGGAUUGUGAUCUUUAUACUGGGAAUGCAUUGAUGAAUAUGUAUGCCAAGUUGCAGCUUCCAAAGGCCCAACAGCCGUUUGAUGAAUUUCCUGAAAGAAAGAAUGGAGUUGGGUUGAAAGAUAUGACUGAAAAGCCUAUAGAGAUGGAAGCUUUAGGAAUGGAUACAGUAAGGAAAGUUUUCCAAACGAUGCCAAUAAGAGAUGUUGUUUCAUGGAAUACGAUUAUUCAGGGAAAUGUUCAUGGUGGGCGCUAUAAGGAAGCUUUGGGAAUGUUAAGAGAAAUGGGAAAUUCUGACUUGAUGCCUGAUUCAUUUACUUUGUCUACUGUGCUUCCUAUCUUUUCUAAGUAUGUUGAUCUCAAGAAGGGAAAGGAGAUCCAUGGCUUUGCAAUUAGACAUGGGUUCGAUGGAGAUGGUUUCAUUGGGAGCAGUUUGAUUGAUAUGUAUGCAAAUUGUACCAGGGUGGAGGAUUCAUAUAAAUUGUUUAGUUUGUUACCUCAGUGUGAUGCUGUUUCUUGGAACUCAAUUAUAGCAGCAUGUGUACAAAAUGGUAGGUUUGAUGAAGGCUUGGAACUGUUCAGGCAGAUGUUGAGGGCUGAUAUUGAGCCUCUGGGACAUUCAUUUUCAAUAAUAAUGCCGGCUUGUGCUCAUUUGACAACCCUAACUUUGGGGAAGCAGCUUCAUGCAUACAUAAUUAGGACAGGGAAUGUUGAGAAUUUAUAUGUAGCUAGCUCACUGGUGGACAUGUAUGCUAAAUGUGGGAACAUAAAAAAUGCUUGGUGGAUUUUUGAUAACAUGGAAAUACAAGAUUCAGUUUCCUGGACAGCCAUGAUUAUGGGGUAUGCAAUGCAUGGGCAUGCUCGUGAUGCCAUCUCAUUGUUUGAGGAAAUGCAGAUGGCAGGAGUGCAGUCUAAUUCUGUGGUCUUUGUUGCUGUUUUGACUGCUUGUAGCCAUGCUGGAUUGGUCAAUGAAGCUUGGAAAUAUUUCAGCACUAUGACUCAAAAUCAUGGGAUUGCUCCUGAACUGGAACAUUAUGCUGCGCUUGCUGAUCUUCUUGGUCGAGCAGGAAGACUACAGGAAGCUUAUGACUUCAUCUCUAGCAUGCAUAUAAAACCAACAGGGAGUGUUUGGUCUGCACUAUUGUCUGCUUGCCGAGUUCACAGAAAUUUUGAAAUGGCUGAUAAGGUGGCUAAAGAAAUAUUUAAGAUUGAUCCCGAGUACACAGGCGCUUAUGCUCUUUUGUCAAAUAUGUAUGGUGCUGCUGGAAGUUGGAAAGAGGCUCAAAAAAUAAGAAUCACCAUGAGACGAAAAGGCAUGAAGAAGAAACCAGCUUGCAGCUGGAUUGAAGUUAAGAACAAAGUACAUGCUUUUGUGGCAGGAGAUAAAUCUCACUCAUUUUAUGGUCAGAUAAAUGAGGCUCUGCAAGAUAUUUUAGAGCAAAUAGAGAACGAAGGUUAUGUGCCUGACACAAGUGAGGUUCCACAUGAUGUUGAUGAAGAGCAAAAGAGGUAUGCUGUGAGCACUCAUAGUGAAAGGCUAGCAAUAGCAUUUGGUAUUAUUAGCUCUCCUGCUGGGACAACCAUUCGCGUGACAAAGAAUCUUCGUGUAUGUGUGGACUGCCAUACAGCAAUAAAGUUCAUAUCAAAGACUAUGGGCAGGGAGAUUAUUGUCAGAGACAACAUUCGUUUUCAUCAUUUCAAGGAUGGUAAUUGUUCAUGUGGAGAUUAUUGGUGAGAAACUGUGUGAUGGCAUCAAUCAUGUAGAU